GAGAAUGAAAGCAGAGCUAAACUUACCAGCAGGAUUCAGAUUCCAUCCCACAGACGAAGAGCUUGUGAAAUUCUACUUAAUCCGGAAAUGCGCAUCGGAACCGGUCUCAGCUCCGGUUAUCGCCGAAAUCGAUCUCUACAAGUUCAAUCCUUGGGAGCUUCCAGAGAUGUCUCUGUACGGAGAGAAAGAGUGGUACUUUUUCUCACCACGUGACCGGAAAUACCCAAACGGUUCACGUCCUAACCGGGCAGCAGGAACCGGUUAUUGGAAAGCUACGGGAGCUGAUAAACCGAUCGGUAAACCGAAGACGUUGGGUAUAAAGAAAGCACUCGUGUUCUACUCUGGGAAAGCUCCAAAAGGGAUUAAAACGAAUUGGAUUAUGCAUGAAUAUCGUCUCGCUAAUGUUGAUAGAUCAGCUUCUGUUAACAAAAAGAACAACCUACGACUUGAUGAUUGGGUGUUAUGUCGGAUAUACAACAAGAAAGGAACCAUGGAGAAGUACUAUCCUGGGGAUGAUAAACCGUUGACCAUGACGGAUCAGUCAACAUCACGUUUUGAUACAUCGGAGUUGACAUUGCAAGAGGAUGAUUCGAGCAGCUCGGGAGGUCACGGACACGUGGUGUCACCGGAUGCAAAGGAGGUUCAGAGUGAGCCUAAAUGGAGAGAGCUUGAGGAUGCUUUGGAGGCUUUUGAUUCUUCCAUGUUUGUUGGUGGUGGUUCAAUGGAUUUGUUGCAGAGUGAUGCUUUUGUUCCUCAGUUCUUGUGUCAGCCUACUGAUUAUUUCGAUUCGUUCCAGGAUACGUUUGAGCAGAAACCGUUCUUGAAUUGGAGUUUUGCUCCACAGGGUUAA